GCAACCACCGUGACCAAUCUUCAGAGUGACACGUCGAACAUGCGUUUGCUCAAUCCCAAUCGUCCCUGGAAAAUCACUUUUUCCAUUCAAAAUAAAUAAAUAAUAUUUAUUUAUUUAUUUAUUUUUAUUGUUUGAAUUCCUCCGGAAAAACUCUGGUGCAAAACCGGUUUACAUAAAGGAAAGCCUUUGCACAGCCACGUCAUCAAAAAGCUGACGUGGACGAGUCAUACGACGGGAACAGUAUAAGAACGUGGAGCCGAGGAGGUUUUUCCACGAAAACCUUUUCAUUUUUACUGAACUCUUUUCCUGCUACUCCAAUGGCGGUGGAGGCCGGGCAUGAAGAAACGGUCGCUUUGAGAAAGAAAAAGAGGAAAAAGUCACUCUCUCAAAGAAAGCUUCUUGAUCAUGAAAGAGUAGAGGUUAGGAGUGAAGAAGAUGGGUUUCAGGGCUCAUGGCACUCUGGUGUCGUCAUUGCAUGCGACAAGCAAGGCUUUCGUAAUGUCAAAUACGAUAAUGUUCUGGUAGAUGAUGGGUCUGCUAAUGUUGUUGAUGUUGUGUAUGUUUCACCCGUUUUGGAUGGCAUUGAUAAUGGCUGUGUGAACUCGAGUAACUAUCGUGGGCAUAUAAGGCCGUUGCCACCACCAUACAAAUUUGGGAAAUGUGAUAUCCAUUAUGGACUUUGUGUGGAUGUAUAUCACCUGGAAGCUUGGUGGGAAGGAGUGGUUUUUGAUCAUGAAGAUGGUUUGGAAGAGAGAUAUAUCUUCUUCCCGGACAUAGGCGACGGAAUGAAAGCUGGAAUUGAGAAACUGAGGAUUACUCAGGACUGGAAUGAGGUUACUGAAAAUUGGAAGAAACGUGGCAAUUGGAUAUUUCUGGAGUUGAUUCAGCAGUAUGAGCAAGAGGAAUACCUUCCAGUUUCGGUCGAGCAGAUAUGGUAUGAUGUGAGAGGAAAGGAGGGUUUUGAGAAGUUGAGGGAGUGGACUUCUCCUAUGAAAGAUUUGUGGAAAGAGCUGGUGUUGGAGGUUAUUAAUGAUAACUUAAGCAUCACUGUUGAGGAGCUAUUUCGGGUAUUAUUGUUACCAGAAACCCUGUUAAUGUUGGAGUCGAGCCAACCUGUUACAGAUGUCAAUAUGGAUUGCAAAGCAGAAACUAUCCACUGUUCUGCUAGUACACUUGCUGACAAGCUGUUGAGUAGCAAUAUGGUGAUUGACAAUGAAGCUAGACUAAAAGACUUUUUGGAUUGCAAAGCCGGGAUUACCAAUGAACUAGAUGAAAUUGUUGAUUUGAUUUCUGGCCCUAACCCUCUUGCCAUGGAACCCAACACAGAGCAGUUGAGUUUUGUGGGAAAGAAAGAUGGAUCUUCUAGACUUUUGACUGAUUCAGACAUACCGAACCAGCAUAAAGCAAUAUGUGUGCAACCUCAGGCUUUGUUCAUGUCACCUUCAAAACAUGAUGGAACUUCUACUAAUUGUUCUGUUUUCUAUGCUGAAAGCAUUCAUCAUAACAAUGCCAAUCAAAUUAAUGAGAAAUCUAAGCGAUCGACAUAUGAAUGUGCUACAAAAUGGAAAUCUGUUACCUCAGAGAUGCUUCCUGAGGUUCAAUUCUGCCCUGAUUCUGUUGAUGAAUAUUAUGAGCGUUACUGUAUUGGAAAGCCAUCUAAUCUAAAAUCUAAAACUUCUGCUGUGAAAGAUGUUCGGAAGCAUCUUAUAUGUCUGGGCUGGAAAUUUGAGUAUAUGAGAGAUAAGUGUACUCCCAGAUGGCGUUACAUAUCACCUGAUGGAAAAUGUUUCUAUUCUCUUCGUCAAGUGUGUAAGUACUUGAAGGAAUCUCCCACAGAUCUUAUAUCUUCAAUCUCCCAAGACAUUCACAGUAGUGCACAUGCUUCAUCUGAUGAUUGUUUUCUGUCCCCACCAAGGGAACCACAAGAGAGUCAGCCUCAUGCUUCAUCUGAUGAUUAUUGUAUUCUGUCUAUUCCAGGACAACUGCAAGUAAGUCAGCCUCAUUAUUUAUCUGAUGAUUGUUUCCUGUCCAUGGGACAACCGGAAAAGAGUCGGUCUGGGACAGUGGUGUCACCUGAUUCGAACACAGUUGGUGUAACUGAGUACGUCCCUCAAGCAAUUGUAGAAUAUUCUCAGCUUAGAUAUCACAAGAGAUCCAAGAAAAUGAGAAAUAUGAUUGUAAAAGUAAAGGAACACCUUUCUGCUCUCAAAUGGAAGUUUUCUCACUCAAAUACAAAAGGAAAGGAUGAAUGGUGCUAUAAAUCACCCACUGGAAAAGUUUAUUUUUCACUUCAAGAUGCCUGUAAAGGAUGUUUAGAUGAACGAGUUCUUGUUGAUGCAAAAGUUAAAGAUAAAGAACUCCGAUGGAAGAGAAAUGAUCAUUCAUUAGAUGAUGAACAUCACAUAUGUUCCACGCAGACCCAUAGAGAUGCAAGAAAAGGUUUUCUGAAAAAUGGCUUGAAAGGUAAUUCAAAACUGAGUCACCCGAAUAUUCAACAUGCUUCCCAUCUAAAGUUGAAAAGAGGUAAAGGAUUGAUAAAGUCAAGAGGUGGUUUGGAUGUUAGUCGGUCAGCGCAUGUGUUACGCUCAAGUAAACGUGUCCAGGAAGUUGUUUUUCCCACUUCCUCAUACCACAAUCCUCGAACUAUGUUGUCUUGGUUGAUAGACAAUAAUGUGGUGUUGCCAAGGGAAAAAGUAUAUUAUAUUAGCAGAAAGAACAGACAUAUAAUGGCAGAAGGGAGGAUAAGUCGUGAUGGGAUAAAGUGCAGCUGUUGUAAUAAGGUGUUUACCCUUUCUGGAUUUGAAGUUCAUGCUGGCAGCACUUACCACAGACCUGCUGCUAAUAUUUAUUUGGAAAAUGGUCAGUCUCUCAUAGAUUGCCAGAGGAAAAUUAUAGGUGAUCGUAAGACAGGAAACUUCAGAACAGAAUUAUGUGAUAGAAUGAACGGAAAUUGGCGUCAAGGGGAGAAUGAUUAUAUUUGUUCUGUUUGUCAUUAUGGUGGUGAAUUAAUGCUAUGUGAUCAAUGUCCAUCAUCGUUUCAUAAGAGUUGCCUUGGUCUGACGGAUAUUCCAGAUGGUGACUGGUUCUGCCCAUCUUGCUGUUGUAGAAUUUGUAUGGAACGAAUAUUCCAAAACGACAUAGAUGAUGCUAUUGGUGAAAGUGUAACCUGUGGACAAUGUGAACAUAAUUAUCACAUCAGGUGCCUGAGAAAUAAAUGCACAGUUAAGCUGGAAAGUUUUCAUAAAGGAAACUGGUUUUGCAGCAAAGAAUGUAAAAAGAUAUCUUCAGGCCUGCAAAAGCUUCUUGGAAAACCUACUGCAGUGGGUGUGGACAAUCUAACUUGGUCAAUAUUGAAGCCCUUGAAUACUGAUUAUCAGCACACUGAUGUUCAUCAUAUUGAUGCAUUGAUGGAGAAUGACAGCAAGCUCAAUGUAGCCCUUGGUUUGAUGCAUGAGUGUUUUGAGCCUGUUAAGGAACAUCGCACUGGGAGAGAUAUCAUUGAAGACGUUAUUUUCUGUAGAGAGUCAGAUCUUAGUCGUUUGAACUUCCGAGGGUUUUAUACAGUACUUUUGGAAAGAAAUGAUGAAUUGAUAACUGUUGCUGCUGUAAGGGUCCAUGGACAGAAGGUAGCAGAAAUACCUCUUGUGGGAACGCAGUUUCAAUAUCGCAGACUUGGAAUGUGUCACAUGUUGAUGAAUGAGCUUGAAAAGAAGCUUGUGGAAUUAGGAGUGGAGAGAUUGGUAUUGCCUGCUGUUCCUAGUGUGCUAAAUGCAUGGACUACUUCAUUUGGGUUUUCACAAAUGACAGAUUCUGAGAGGCUACAGUUUCUGGACUAUACUUUCCUGGAGUUUCAGGAUACCAUCAUUUGUCAGAAACUAUUGAUGAAGAUCCCUUCAGCAGAAUCUAGACCACUCAAAGGAAUUGAGCUUAAAGUUAAUGAUGAGAUCUGUGGAGGUGAUAACAUUGAUUUUGACCACUCCAGUGCUGUCUCUGAAGUAUUUCAGGCGGAUCAAAUUGAAGAUAGUGGAAUUGUGGAUCAGAGACAAGUCAAGAUUUCUGCAGGUGAUAAAAGCGAUGGAAACGACAGCCCAACCGAUAUGGUUCCUAUGGUGAAGCAAACCCAAGAUCUUGAAUGUAGACCAUGUGAUAGUGAGACCAAUCCAACGUUAGUGUGCUCCAUGGAAGAUGCCAACUUUAAGAGGGCAUGUGGCAACAAUGGUAUUCCAGUCCUGAAGUACCACUACAAACGAAGGAAGAAAUCAGCUUGUUAGGGCCGAACGAAUUGUUAUAUUUGCACACGCUAUAUGUCUGAUGCAAUCGAAUUUGAUCAUCACCCCAGUUUGAAGAAUUGCCUUUGCAGUUGCUCGAAUGCUUGCCCAGAAUCCCUCUGGCUUUGAUGUAGGAGAGAGGAGAGGUUUUGAUCACCAUAAUCUUGAUAGUUUUUUCUUAGUUUUUGGUUCUUCGAGUUUUAAGUGCUAUUUAAAAAAAAAUCCUGGAUUUUAAGUGUUAAUUCUAAGCUUAAGUCAAAUAAAUAAUAAUUUCCUAAACAGAAAAUGUGACGUGGUCUAUGUAGUCAACCUCGAAAUUUUGUUUACUGAGAUUUUGGAGUUCGAUGACCAAAUGGUAACAGAGAGAUGUUAGAAUUCUUUAAUGUACAGAAUACAUAAUAUGAUAGGCAGUUAAUUGAGGCGAUCUAUAUGUAAAGCUCAUUCAAAAUUUUCGUUA